AUGUCAAGAACCAACAUUAGUUCCGGGUCCAAGUUCGAGGCCGAGAUUGCCUACUCGCGAGCAGUUGUGACGGGUGACUGGAUCCUCGUCUCCGGCACCACUGGUUACAACUACGAUACGGGCGUCAUUUCGAGCGAUGUUGCCGAGCAGACAGCGCAAACACUGCGCACAUUGCGUCGGCACUGGCCCAGGCCGGGAGCGUCCAUGGCCGACGUUGUCCGCGUCCAGUAUACCCUGCCAGACCGCGACGACUUCCCCAAGACGUGGCCCGUGCUGCGUGAGUGGUUUGGCGAGGUGAGGCCUGCGGCAACGAUGGUGCAGGCCGGCCUCAUGAAGGACGAGAUGAAGAUUGAGAUUGAGGUCACGGCGAGGCGAACUGGGACGAGUGUUUUGCCGGAGCGUAGGAAUGUGCCAGACUUUGUGUGA